AUGUCUCAUAUCAAAGCAAGUACUGCUCUUGCAGCAAUCGCAAGGCAAAAUACAAGAUCGUUUAUCCAUGGAAACUUUGGAGCAAAAUCAACGGUCAGUCACCAUGGCUUCACUAAUCGAACAGCUUCGAGCAAGAUACAUGCUGCACUUGAGGCACUUCGACAUAAUUAUUCUACGUUCAACUCGUUUGCGCAUACGGGCUAUCGAUCUGGAAAUGUUGCUAUAGAUGCAUCUACUCAGGUGCGUUCUACUGGCGAAUAUAACAGCAGAAUUCUUGCGCUCAAACGAGAAGGAGAUCUUAUUGGUGUAGAGCGCGAAUUCAACCGAAUGAAAUCAGAAGGCGUUGCGCUUACUACAUAUACUUAUAACUUGGUACUCGAUGCCCACGCCUCACUUCGCUCAGUUGGACAUAAAUCAUUUCGGUUGCUGGAAGUAUACACAGAAAUGCUGAACAUGGGAAUCGUACCCGAUAACUUCACAUACAUGGUAACAGUGCGCGGUCUAUCUAAGCGUGAUGUCGAAGUUAAUUUCCUCUUGGAAACAUUAGAGAAUCUUCCAUGGAAGACAUCCAAAUUCGAUGACGAAUUUUACAAACGACUCGAAUCUCUUCGAUCCGAGGGCAAUUUAGAUCACGCAAUGAGUAUAUUUGAAUCCACUCGUAUUCGAAAUAAUGUCCAUUAUGAUCUUGAGACAUGCAAUAGUCUUCUCCAUGCUUUGGCUGUGAAUGGAAGGACGGUUGAGGCAUUAGUCGUAUUUCAGUAUAUCGAAGCACAGCAGAUGCAACCAUCGGCUUCUACGUAUGCUUCGUUGAUUCAAGCAUAUGGGAUGAUUGGCGAUACGGGAAGUGCGUCGGAUUGUCUACGGGAAUACGAAACCAUCGUACAACGAUUACCUCAACAUGACCCUAAUUUUCUGUACUGUGCUCUCAUUGCUGCAUAUGUUAAGAACGGUGAAAUAAGCGAGGCGAUUGACGUGAUCGAGAAGAGGAUGCCCGAGAAUAAUGUCGCUUCUAAUGUUACUAAUUAUUAUCACUUGAUUAAGGAAUUGUGCAAAAAAGGGUAUUACGAUGUUGCGCAUGAGUGGUAUGGCAAAAUGAGUAUGGAGGAGUGUCUACCGUUACCUAAUCGAGCGAUACACGAGACGCUGUUGUUCCAUUAUUCGCUUGCUGAUAAAUACAAAGAAGCAACUGAGGUGUAUGAGAAGAUGGUGAAGGCAGAUAUAAUACCUCGUUAUAAUGAACUUGCAGCAUAUAUAUACGCAUCGAUUGAGAAUGAUCCUGACAGAGUAUGUGAUCUGAUUGACAGAGCUAUUAAGGAUAAUAUGGUACCAGACAUACCGCUUAUUGAACAUGUCGUAUCUGGACUUAUUGAUUCGGGAAGGAAUGUUGCCGCAUUGAAGAUAUUUGAUAACAUGAUACAAUUGGUACUAUGCAGAGGGUUAGGUUAUACAUUAAGCAAAUUGAAUUUAAUUGCCGACUCUUUACUAAAUGACUCUAGGAUAACACUUGAAGAUGCAUUAGCCUUAAUGAUAAUAUAUGCAAAUACAAGUACAAACACAUCUUACAACACAGCCAACAGCUCAAUGCAUCAUGCUCGUAGAAAUUUCCGAUUCAGCCAUGCAAUGAACAAUGCCCUUCUCGAUAAAUAUAUAUACACAAAAGAUCAAUAUGGCCCGCCUCCACUAUCCAAGAGAGAGUAUGGUCUCCUAUUCAAAGCAGCUAUUGGGCAAACACAUGAUGAACAUACUCCUACUACUGCUGAGACAUUCACAAAGAGAAUAUUUAGCAUACUUGAAGACUCCAAGUUGCAUAAUGCAUUGCCCACUCGGAAACUCAGUGAUAAGAUCCAUCAACAUCUUCUCCAAACUUGUGGCCCGGAAGUCGCUCAAAAUUGGGCUGCAUUAACUAGCACUGACUCAAUUAGGUGGCCCACUGCUGAAGAGAUUAGAGAGUCAGACAAGCUAUAUCAUUUGUGUUGCCAGACUACAACUGUGGAUUCUGCUCUGGUGGUAAAAAAAGUUAGGGACAUGAUUGCAGGGAGUGUGUAUCCAACCCCAGAGGUUAUGGGGCAUGCUAUUCGAAAUGUAGGGAAGGCCAAAAACAUUGAGAGAUCGAAGGAACUAUUUGACAUAGCAUUAGAAGUGGCUAACGUAUGGAACAAUUCACUCAAAAAUCAUGCUAUUUAUUUGGCACGCAAUAACAUGGUCAUAUCAUAUGCAACAGUUGGUAACAUAGAAGAGGCUCUAUCCCUCUAUUAUCAAGUACUCGAGAAUGGACAGGCACUUGAUUCUAAUGCAUAUGCAAGUCUCUUGUUAGCUGAGAGUGACAAAGUAUUCGAUGAGGCAGACAUAGCUAUUAAUAUGUACAAAGAAGCCAAACAAUUUAAUGUUAAACUCAAUCUCUAUUUCUAUAAUGUCCUCAUCAGCAAAGUGGGUAAAGCUCGCAAGUCAGAUUAUGUAUGGGAAAUAUACAAAGACAUGAAAUCCAAUGGCAUUCAACCAAAUGCUAUUACAUAUGGUGCUUUGAUCACUGCUUGUAUACGAGUGAGAUCAGAAGAACAUGCAGUACAAUUAUUUAAAGAGAUGGAAACAUCACCCAAUGUCCAAGCCAGAAUAGGCCCAUACAACUCAAUGAUUCAAUUCUAUACCUGGGAUCUACAGGACCGUUCUAAAGCAUUAUACUAUUUUGAUCAAUUGAAAGCAAGAGGCAUGCGUCCAACUGAACAUACAUGGAAAUUAUUGAUUGAUGCAUAUGCUGCAAUUGAACCAUAUGACAUGCAAUCAGCUAUGACACUGUUUGACCAAAUGCGUAAGGAAGAAGUUUAUCCAGCUCCAACUCAUUUCGCAUCACUCAUAUAUGCAUACGGCAUGAAACAGAACAAUAUUGAAAGUGCAAUCGACACAUUUGAAUCAAUUUUCACCGAGCACAAACUCCGACCAGAUGAAAGUGCUUAUCAAGCACUUUUCGAAUCCUUGAUUGAACAUCAACGUCUAGGUCAGGCUGAAGAUUAUCGUCGUAGAAUGUUGGAGGAUGAUAAAGUGCAUACCACCCCAUAUAUCGAGAAUCUGUUUAUUCGUGGGUAUGGUGAUGUCGGACAUUGGGAAAAGGCCGAGGCUAUCUUCUUGGCAAUGAAGGAUACCGAUCAUAAAGAGAAGGGUACUGUAUUAAGAGAGCCUAGUACUUAUGAAGUGAUGGUUAAAGCAUAUGUGAAAAAUGGGAAAGUGAGAGAAGCUAAAAGAGUUGCCGAGUUGUUGGAGAGGAAAGAAUUCCCGACGACAGUCAAAGAGAGCGUAGCGAAUUUAUUAUGUUGA